GAUUGCUACAGUGAUCGAGGACAAGGUUAUCGCGGAAAGACAUCUAUUACCAAGCAGGGCUACUCUUGCCAAUCUUGGAAUUCACAGAAUCCUCACUCGCACCCUUAUAAUUCGUCGUUAUAUACUGAUGAUGAUUUAUCUUCUAAUUAUUGUCGAAAUCCUGGAGGCCUUCGUAGUGCUCCAUGGUGCUAUACCACCUUAUCCAAUCUAAGUUGGCAAUCAUGCAAUAUUACGGCUUGC